GUCGGUCUAUCACAGAUAGAAAAAAGAUCAAAAUUAUGGCUUCAAAAAGCAAGGUUCUUGUAGUAGGUGGAACUGGGUACCUGGGGAAGAGAAUUGUGAAGGCAAGCUUAGCACAAGGUCACCCAACCUAUGUCCUUCAACGGCCGGAGAUCGGCUUAGACAUCGACAAACUCCAGAUGCUAAUGUCAUUCAAGGAGCUCGGAGCUAAACUUAUAGAAGGUUCGUUUUCCGAUCACCAGAGCCUCGUUGAUGCCGUGAAACAAGUUGAUGUCGUUAUAUGUGCCAUGUCUGGUUCAUCUUUAAGGAGUCAACUCAAGCUCGUUGAUGCAAUAAAAGAAGCCGGAAAUGUUAAGCGAUUUUUGCCAUCCGAGUUUGGCAUGAAUCCGGCACGGAUGGGGCAUGCACUUGAACCCGGUAGGGUGCCUUUUGCUGAGAAGAUGGAGGUGAGGAAGGCAAUUGAAGGUGCCAACAUCCCUUUCACUUAUGUCUCAGCCAAUUGCUUUGGUGGUUUCUUUGUUGGGAACCUGUCCCAAAUGGGACCUCUCACCCCUCCAAAGGGAAAAGUAACCAUAUAUGGAGAUGGUAAUGUCAAAGCAAUUUUCUUGGAUGAAGAUGAUAUCGCAGCAUACAUCAUUAAAACUAUUGAUGAUCCACGUACUUUAAAUAAAACAGUUUACUUGAGGCCGUCGGAAAACAUCCUUACACACAGAGAGUUGAUCGGAAUUUGGGAGAAACUAACUGGGAAGCAACUAGAGAAAUCUACCAUAUCAUCAGAUGACUUCCUCGCUUCCAUGAAAGAUAUGGAUUAUGGUGUCCAAGUUGCGGUCGGGCAUCUUUACCACAUUUUCUAUGAAGGCUGCCUAACAAACUUUGAGCUUGAAGAAGGUGAAGAAGAAGAAGCUUCAAAGUUAUAUCCAGAAGUCAAUUACACCCGAAUGGAUGAAUACCUGAAACGUUAUCUAUAAAAAAUAAUAAUAAUAAUAAAGAUGUAAAAGAUGUAGGGAUUUUAGC